UAUAUUUCUCUUACUCUUCCAGAGGCUCCAACAUUCAUUUUAAACAACAUCCAGGGCCCCCGGACAUGGUUCAGCGGGGAGAAGGUCACUUUAUAUUGUGCUGCCUCAUACUGUAAGGAAGGCACUCAAUUAAUUUGGAUGGUGAAAGCAGCAGGUGUAACUAUUUCUGAAAUAGGCGAGGAUGGAACAGAUGUAAAAAGCGGCUCUCAUCAGUCCUCAGGCUAUGUGGCUCACAGAGAAAGAACUGAAGUAUUUGAUAAAGAGGGUCUUCAUGAUGUCACCUCCUCUCUAACUUUCACACCUUCCAUCUCUAAACACCAAAAACAUAUCCAUCACCUGUAGGAUUCUCUUUGAUGGAAAAGUGAAGGAAAAGACUUUUCAACGCCAAUAUCUUUAUGCAAAACCCAGUGCACCCGGUCCUAUAAAACUGUCUCUGACUGAUUGUGGAGAGGUGUUGUGCUUGCUAGACAUUGAGGGAUUUUAUCCCAGUGAUAUCCAGAUGAAAUGGAAUGACAAGGAGACUUCAGAACCAAACAGAACAUCUCAGAACAAUGAUGGCACCUAUAGUGUCCAUAGUGAAUAUAAAGUUCCUGGGAGAUUCUUCAGUCGUCCAGGCUCUGCUGUGAGGGUGUCCUGGAAACACGGCUCCAUGGAGGACUGGGAGAGCAGAGAGAUGUCUGUGCGUGAUCCAGAGUUUCCCUGGAAGCCGAACAUACAGAAUAUUUCAGUUCCCAAUCUUCUGAUUGGCAGAAAGGCUACACUGAAGUGUAAGGUCUCCAAUGUAUUUCCUGAUGUCCUGAGUGUGAAGUGGCUAAAGAAAGAGAAGGGAGGCCAGGAGUUAUUCCCUGUGAUCAACAACCAAACAUACAAUAUCUCGGAUCUCCGACUGGAGAAGCAGAAGGAUAACACAUUCAUCUACACAAACUGUUUAAUGUUUGAACCAUCCAUCAACAGAGAAGAGGGGGUGGAGUUUAUC